AUGGAAUUUUCAUAUGCUUCCGAUCAUGAUAAUGACAAUGACAAUGACAAUGAAAACGACGAUGAUUCUAAAAUAUUCAAAUCUAAGAACUUAAAAGCAGAGAGGCGGCGGCGUGCGAAACUCAAUGAUCGACUUCUUCAACUACGAGCAUUAGUCCCCAUUAUCACGAAUAUGACCAAAGCAUAUAUCAUUAAGGACGCGAUUACUUACAUUAAAGAGCUUGAUAGCCAAGUAAGCGAGCUUAAGGAUGAACUUCUUGAGCUUGGAAAUACUACUUCUACUAAAGAAGAAACUGAACCACCAAUUAAAGAUGCAACAAAUAUUGCAGCAGAAGAGAUGAAGUACUAUGGAAUUGAGCCUGAAGUACAGUUGAUACCCAUUGAUGAUAACAAAUUAUGGUUAAAAGUUGUGUAUGAGAAGAAACUAGGAGGAUUUACCAAAUUGGUUGAGGCGGUAACUUGCCUUGGAUUAGAGUUCAAUGACACAAAUUUUACCACCUCUAAUGGAGCUGCGAUUAUUAGUUCUUGCUUAGAGGUGAUGAGUGAUAGAUGUGUCAACGUUGAAGAGACCAAGGAACUAAUGCUGAGUGUGAUAAACAGCAUAUAAAGAAUUUCAAUUGUGGAUUAAUAGGAGAUUAUGGUACUCCAUAGUAGAUCAGAGAGAUUAGAUAUCUUUUUUUUUAUUUAUCAUAGUAUAGUUUUAUUAUAUAGUAAAAGGUAAAAAGCAUGCAUUUAUGUGGGAAAAAACAAUUAUUGUUUUCUGAAGAGAAAAUCUACGAGUUACAUCAUAACAUAUGUACUGUAGUACUGUUUGAUUCUUUCAGGUAUUAAAGAUGUACCCUUGAUUAUCACCUCCAACUUUAGUUAGUACAAGUAUAUUUGCUCAUCUUUCUUACAAAAGGACAUACUGAUCAAUUGAGAUACUUAAACGCCAUUGUUCUUGUAAUGGUUACCAAUAUGGUAUGAAUUACUUUGCUGGAUUUGAAGUGAAUUCGAAUGUUGCAUGAUCGAGUUUACUAGGAGGAGAGAGAGCUUCCAAACUAG